CAUUGCUGAAUCUUUGAACUACCUAUGCUAUGCCUUAGUAGUCAAUCGCAGUCCACUCUGCUGAGCAUCUUCUCCCAGGAGUACCAGAAACAAAUCAAAAGAACACACGCCAAGCAUCACACUGCUGAAGCUAUUGAAACUUACUACCAAAGGUACCUGAACGGGGUGAUGAAAAAUGCAGCUGCCCCUGUAUUACUGGAGCUGGCCAAUGAGGUGGACUUUGCCCCAUCAUUAAUGGCUCGUAUUGUGUUAGAAAGAUUUCUACAGGAAAAAGAACAAACCAUCCCCUCCAAAACUUUUAUAAAUAGUAUGCUACGGGACCCUUCUCAGAUUCCAGAUGGAGUUCUAGCAAAUCAAGUCUAUCAGUGUACUGUGAAUGACUGUUGUUAUGGACCACUGGUGGACUGCAUCAAACACGCUAUUGGGCACGAGCAUGAAGUCUUGCUGCGAGAAAUGCUUUUGGAAAAAAAUCUCUCUUUCAUAGCUGAAGAUCAGCUUCGUGCAAAGGGUUAUGACAAAACACCAGACUUUAUUUUAGAAGUGCCAGUAGCUGUUGAAGGACACAUAAUUCACUGGAUUGAAAGCAAAGCCUCCUUCGGUGAUGAAAGUAGCCACCAAGCCUACUUGCAGGACCAGUUUUGGAGCUACUGGAACAGAUUUGGCCCUGGAUUAGUCAUCUACUGGUAUGGAUUUAUUGAAGAGCUGGACUGCCAUCGCGAACGUGGUAUCCUGCUAAAAGACUGCUUUCCCACUGACAUUGUGACUCUGCGGCACAGCAUGGCUCAACGCUGAUGUUGGGAGGAAGAGGGAAUCUAUACCCAGGAAUUUUUCUCUUAACUGACUUUAAGGAAGGAAUCUGUCUUGGCCCCCGUAGGUACUGUAACACACAAUUUUCUGGCGUACUGAAGUCCGAAAGAACAAUGGGCAGGAGCUCUCUGUGUGGGUUACUUCUGAGGAAGAUUACCAUCCUGGUGUUCAAGAAGGGGAGCAAAAAAAAGAUAGAACAGUGCUUCAUACGGGAUCAGUUCCACAAGACAAAUAAAGCACACAAAUGGACAUAAGUUUCCUGCGUACUUAUGUAUCCUUCUAAGAGCAUUGUUUUUCUCAUGUUGGAACCACCGAGAUCAGAGGUACCUUGAAGUGGGUGUUAGCCCUCCUUGAAGUUUUGAGGAGUUCAGUCUCAUUCUGUUUCCAUCCUCAUCGCCACUCAGAGGGGCUGUAUUGGGCCUCAGGUUGGUGCUCUCAGUUAGAGGUUUCUUAACGAUAGCGGCUUAUUGGGCUUGACACUCUUUACAACUCCUUUCUUUGCUAACUGGCAUUUGGGAAAGGACAAAAUAUUUUAAAAAGUCAAUGAGAGUUUUGCAUGUAUGCUCCCUGUAUUCAGAUUUUUGGAGAAGUUAAGCAGAGGUACGGAUUCUGUUGUAGAAUUAAAGGUGUGAUAACAGUCUCCCUAAAGCACAAGCUGAUAACCUCUUCCAUAAGGAAAGGGUCUUUAAAACAUUACAGUCCAUAUUCACCAUCUUUUUCAGUUGAGGUGAUACUUUGUGCGCCUGUAUGAUUUUAAAAAUCACAUGCAGACUUUUUACAGUCUUGCCUUGAGUUAAAAGAGAGGGUAUUAAUCCUAUUCAGUUUUUUCAGCUAUAGUUUUCAGCUGCAUAUGCAGUAUUUUUAUUUUGAAGUUUUAGUUCUCUCUUUAACACUUUUUGGUAAGUUUCAGACAGGAGUUUAUCAUUUUGACUAAUCUUUAAUUUUCAGGAAAAAAUAUCUUUAGUCUUCCUAGUACUCUGUCCCUAGCUGCAGAGACAAGCUAGUAUAGCUCCACUACAGUGAGUUAUUGUUGCAUAGAGAUUAUUUUCUUGGGUUUGAAUGUGUUAUAGUGGAAAGAUUUAUUUUUCAAAAAAUAUUCAAACACCUGUUACUCAUUUAUGUUCAACUAUUUAAGGUAUUGUGCUUAGCUUAUUUUAGCUGACCAGCUUUAAGGAUCUGCCCGUAAAGAUACACAGAAGCAGUCUGUGAAGUAUAUCUGCCCGAUGCUACACAGAAGCUGCAUUUAGGGUGUUGCUGCCACUGGGACUUUUAACUGUGGUUUAGGUUAGCCGAAUGUGUAAAAUCAAGAAGAGAAUAAAAAAUAAGAAAUAACUGAACAUUAUUGUAGUAGAAAAUUUAGAAGUAAUGGUUGUCUGUGUGAAAUGGGUUUUAAGGGCAAACUGAAUUCGUUUUAGCUAGUGCAUAUGCUUUCUGUUGUAUGAAAUCAUUUAAAUCAGCUUUUACAUGAUGCACUAAUGCUGCUUUUUCUUUUUGAAUAAAUUAAAUUUAUCUGCACAGAUGUUGAAAAUUCUGCUCAACCUCCAUCAAAGCUUUGCUUUAUUUGUUUUUGCGUUAAACAAAUUUAUGUGAGGACACACAGAUAAAUCAUGUUAGGCUUGUAUUUGUUUAUUUAUUCCUCUACCUAAUGCUGUGAUAUAACAGGUUGGAAAGCAGUACAGCUGUCUUUAAUCAAAGCUUUGACCUUAUCUUUAUAUAUUGCCCCCUUUUAAGAAUCUUCGUAUUAGAAUGAGGAUGAAGUAAGCCACGAAAGUGUACAUACUGUACUAAUUUCAUUACACACUAUCGAACAAGCUUUGCCACCACAAGAAUUACGCUAUGUCACUAUUUUAAAUGCUGAAAGCAGAACUUUAAAAAAAUUAAGACUGCUUUGUUAUUCCUACUUGUAUCUUGCAAAAAACCCUCAUUUGUGUAUUUUCUCUGUCAGAUGUAAAUAUCAACUUUAAUAUUAAAGAGGAGAGACU